GUCGGCUUUGCCACGCAGGCGAAGAUCAGCUGGGGCUGGGCCGACGGCAGCGUCUCCCAGAUCGCCGCCAGCUGGGGCAUUGCCCCCGCCAUCGCGGGCGGCUUCUCGGCCCUCAUCUUCGGGGUCCUCAAGUACUCGGUCCUCGAGCGCAAGGACUCCUUCAAGUGGGCCAUGCGGCUCAUCCCCUUCUACCUCGCCUUCACGGGCGCCAUCCUCGCCCUGUUCAUCGUCGUCGAGGCUCCCACCGCUCCCUCCCUCGAGGCCUUCGGCGCCGGCAAGGCGGCCGGAAUCAUCCUCGGCGUCUUCUUCGGCUGUCUCGCCAUCGGAUACAUCUUCUUCGUCCCUUACUUCCACCGUCGUCUCGUCCGCCAGGACCCCCGGAUCCGUCCCUGGCACAUCCCGCUCGGCCCCUGGCUGAUGAAGGAGAACUGCCCGCUCUAUCUCCCCGGCAAGGGCGACAAGUUCGUCACCAACUACUACGAAGACGCCUACGGCGAGGAGCGCGCAGGCCAGAAGGACAAGAACAACAACAUCAUCGACAACGUCAACAGCAUCAACAACGUCAACGGCGCCACCAACGAGAAAUCCAUCUUCUCCGCCGACGACGCCGUCAAGGCAGCCGAAGCCACAGACGUCGAACGCACAGCCAUCUCAACCGCCUCCUCGCCUGAGAUCCAGCCCCAGAAGAAAUCCGUCCACAUCGGACCCCACGAGCGCUUCCUCGCCCCCGUCGCGGACCUCAGCUGGCUGAACCCGCUCAAGAUCUGGGGCUGGACCAAGUUCAUCCUCCUGCAGGGUGUCACCCGCGACGUCAUCACGCACGACUCGGCUCACCUCCGCUCUAUCCAUGCCCGCGCUCACCGCUACGACGACCGCGUCGAACAUCUCUGGACGUACUGCCAGGUUGUCUCCGCCAUCAUCAUGUCCAUCGCGCACGGUUCCAACGAUGUUGCCAACUCCGUUGGCCCGUGGGCUGGGUCCUACGCGACGUACCUCGCUGGCGAGGUCGACACGGAGGCUUCCACGCCUGUCUGGUUCCUCGUCAUUGCCGGCCUGCUCCUCGGUCUCGGCUUCUGGUUCUACGGAUACCACAUCAUGCGUGCGCUGGGCAACAAGAUCACGCAGAUGUCGCCGACGCGUGGUUUCGCGACUGAGCUGGGCGCGGCCAUCACUGUGCUUCUUGCCUCGAGACUGGGUCUGCCUGUCUCCACGACGCAGUGCUUGACCGGGGCGGCCACUGGCGUCGCGUUGAUGAAUUAUGAUCUGGGCGCUGUCAAUUGGAGACAGUUGGCGUUUAUCUUUUUGGGCUGGGUGUUGACGUUGCCUUGUGCCGGGUUGGUUGCGGGCUUGAUGUGUUUGAUGGCGUUGAAUACGCCGCAUUUUUAGUCGUGUUGCUUUGUUUUUCUUAAUAUAAUGCCCUGUAUAUAGAUUUAGAUUAGAUUUUUU